GGGCCACUCAAAAGAUCUUUAAUCAAUUAACUUGAGGACAUGUACUUUAACAACAAUUGACACAUAUAGACACGUACAAGAGUUGCACGCUAUUGAUACAAGGAAAUUUUGGUCUAGUAUGAGGUAAUAACGUCUCAACGAGAUAAGGUUAAAAUUAUUUAGACAUGCUUGGGAAAAUAUUUUUGUUAGUAGAAAUUUGUAGAGUAAUGAAAUUUAGAUUCUUAUAUUGAAAUUUCAUCCAAAUAAAUGACAAGAGGUGAGUCAACACCAAAAGGGCGUGUGAGUAUGAGAGUCAAAGAUAGCACUAACUAUACGAUGCGGGAAGUCAGCAGUUUAGUCACACGUGUCAACCUAUGAUUUAAGGAGAGUUGGUGUAUUUGUCACAGAAUCAUUAAAAUUUGGUAAAGUUAGAAAUAGAGGGGCCAGUGCUAGUGUUGUUUAGUCGUUACAACAAAACCUCAACGGUUUUUGUUUGCAACUUUACCAAAAUGAAUACCCUCAUCCACAAACUCUUUUCUAAUCAACAAAGUAUUGAAAUUUUCAGUUACAUACUAGUAUUUACUAUUUACAUACUAGUAUUUUUGGGCUAGUAGAAGAGUGUAUUUGAAAAAUUAGAGGAGAAAAAAAGUCAGCGUGGAGGAAUAAAGGUGUGAGAUCGCAUGUUACAUGUUUGAUCAACGGCUCUUCACUUCAUCAUUCAAUACUCUUUUUUUUUUCUUUUUUUUUGGCUCAAUCUGUCAAUAAAAUAAGAAAAACAUAACUGAUAAUUAUAUAUAUUUAGAGGCUUAUUUGUAUUUAUGUUUACACAACAGACAGGUCUUUUAUUUAGCCGUUUCUGAUAUUAAAAAAGAAAGUAAACUGCUUUCGUUGAUAUUCUUAAGUAUCCCAUUAAUUCUUUUCCUUAAAAAGAAAACAUUAACUUGUUGUUGGGACUUCGUAUAUUAGCUUAAGUGUUGGUGGAAGAGUGCUUGUAACCUACUCCGACUUCUUCUUCUUCUUCUUCUUAUAUUCUCCCUCUCUCUCUCUCUCCUUUUUCUUCUAUUUCUGCUCUGUUUUGGUAAAUUGAGGAAAUGGAAGAGAGGCAUAAGUGCAAGUUAUGUUGGAAGAGCUUCGCUAAUGGAAGGGCUUUGGGAGGUCACAUGAGGUCUCACAUGCUCAUUCACCCUCUCCCCAGUCAGCCCGAGUCAUAUUCGUCUUCCAUGGCUGAUCCAGGGUUUGUUCUUCAGGACAGAGAGAGUGAAACCGAGUCGUCCAAGAAGCCCUCCCGCAAACGAUCCAGACUUAACCGGAGAUCCAUCUCAUCAUUACGUCAUCAACAAUCCAACGAAGAAGGGAAAAGUGAAACCGCAAGAGCAGCAGAUAUCAAGAUCGGGGUUCAAGAACUCAGUGAGUCGUGUACGGAGCAGGAACCGAUGAGUUCGGUGUCGGACGCUGCAACAACGGAAGAAGACGUGGCCUUGAGUCUCAUGUUGCUGUCGAGAGACAAGUGGGAGAAGGAGGAAGAGGAAAGUGAUGAAGAGAGAUGGAAGAAGAAGAGGAAUAAGUGGUUCGAGUGCGAGACUUGCGAGAAAGUGUUUAAGUCGUAUCAGGCGUUAGGGGGACACAGAGCAAGCCACAAGAAGAAGAUAGCAGAAACAGAUCAAUUAGGCUCAGAUGAGUUGAAGAAGAAGAAGAAGAAGAGUACUAGUAGUCACCAUGAAUGUCCAAUCUGUGCCAAAGUCUUCACAUCUGGUCAAGCUCUCGGAGGUCACAAAAGAUCUCACGCUUCCGCUAAUAAUGAAUUCACGAGAAGAUCAGGAAUAAUAAUUAGCUUGAUAGAUCUAAAUCUCCCAGCGCCAUCGGAGGAGGAAGAGAUGGCCUCGUCGGUUUUUUAAUGCUUGAUCAGAUUGGUCAAACUAUAGUAAUUACCACCUUUGAUUCCAAGUAAUGUAGUAAAAUUCUCCAAGUGUACGUAUUGAGGACAAAUUUUGAUGUGGUCAAAGAACACAAGUGAGUUAGGUAAUGAGGGAAAUCAUGUGAUAGUAGUCGAUUUGUGUGGGAAAAUGGUAAAGCAUGAAAGCGUGAUCGAGUGACGUGGUUUGUUGUUGCUCAAGUCGUGUGUUUCGUUAUGCCAAUGAAAUAAAAAAAGAAUACCC